AUGGAAUUCGACACGGCACUCAGACACCCGUUCACAAUGUUAGUUUCCGGUCCCACAGGUGUUGGGAAAACGGUCUUUGUUCAAAAAUUGUUGGAGGCCAACAUGUUUGACCCAGUACCCGAACGAAUCGUGUGGGCCUAUGGCGAAUGGCAACAGUCUUACGAAACGUUUUCUUACACUUACGUCCAUGGCUUAGGAAAUAUCGAUGAUGUCAUGGCUCAAGUGUCAGGGCCUCAAAUUUUGGUAGUCGAUGAUUUGAUGGGCGAAGAUACGGCUGCCCUUGAACAAUGGUUUACGAAAAAAAGUCACCACCGAAACACAAGUGUUAUUUACCUUGUGCAAAACUUGUUUGAUAAAAAACAACGCACAAUAAGUCUCAAUGCCCAUUAUUUGGUCUUGUUUAAAAACCCUAGAGAUGCUUCUCAGUUGGGUGUGUUAGCCCGACAAAUGUAUCCUGGACAUGCCAUGCAAGAAGCUUACACUGAUGCCACUUUACCACCCAGAAGUUAUUUGCUCGUGGAUUUGAAACCCGACACGCCCGAAGAGAUGAGAUUGCGAACAAGAAUUUUACCCUCUGAAGCCCCAGGCUUCGUCUAUCUCCGAAAAAACACAAGAAGACUUCACCAACCACCCCCAGGGACAACUCGGUUGCCCAGAGCCCAGUUUGUACCUUUCGCCCCAUUAGCCCCUGAUCUCAGAGAUCCAACAGCUCGGGUACCUACGCGACCUACCAUCCCAGGAGCCAGACGCAGAAUCAUUUCACCCACCCCACUGCCCACUUUAACUCCACCACCAAGACCCAUCUCCCCGUUACCACCAACUCCACCCAGACUGUUUUCUACUCUGGCCCCAGAUUUACGCCCAGAGACACCUCCAAUGCCAACAUCACCAGAACCACAACCACGUCGAAGAUUGAAAAAAACACGCCAGACCAAACAACUUCGAACGAAACAAACAAAGAAGACAGACAGACAGACAGCGGAUCCUCUGGCUCGCGGCCGAAAAAGCAAGCAAAUGAAAGAGAUGGUAGAUUUUAUUAAACGUUUAAAACGUCUGAAUCCAGAAAUGGUCUACACGGAAUUGGUGCGAAAUGUGGGUACGGCACGCAUUGGCUUGUUACAGUGGUUUAAACUUGCGGCCAAUCAUCUCCUGAAAGGGAAUAUUCAACCGCUACACGCUCAACACACCAAAUGGGUUGCUAGAAAUAAAGAUGUUUUAAAACAAUUGACUCAAAAUAUAGGCACUAAAGAAAAAUUAGCUUUGGUCAUGAAACCUGGAGGUCAAGGUUUUUUCGGUGGAGUGUUGAUACGUAUUUUGGUUCGAUGGAAAGAAAGAUUAGAACAAGAGAAAAAGAAGAAAGAAAAAAGAGCUAAGAAGAGAAAAGUAUAA